AUGCAACUACAAAAUGUGCAAGCAGAAUCUAGAAGCAAUGAUAUAUUUAUGGAAAACAUUUCCAAUGAAAACGAAAUAUUUAUGAAAGACAUUUCCAAUGAAAUUGAUGAUAUCGCUAAAAACACUAAAUUAGAAGAAAAACUUGAUAUCAUUAUAGCCAACCAAAACAUCAUAAAGAGACAACAAGCAGAAACGUUGGCGAUGUUUAAGCAGCUAUUUGAAAAAGAUGUAGGCUCCUAUGGAACGAGAAGUGUGUUCCCGUUGUCCAACUUGGAAGCAUUAAAAAAACUGAAUGCAGAUAUAGUGGCAGGUUCCAGUGCAGACUAUAUAAAAAUCAUUAAAAAUAUAAUAGCCAAAACGGGGAUUAUUAAAUCUAUUGAGGGUAUUUUCGAAAGGAGUCUUAUUGUUCAGUUGAACUACGAUGGCAUUCAUUCCAAAUACUCCUUAAAGGAAUGCAAGGUGUUAAUCGACUGCUUGUUUGAGGCAUUAAUGAAAGAAGGAUAUUCCCAUGGCGAGUUUGUUAAAGACUUGCGACAAGCUUUAAAACUGGUGAAAAAUCGUCAUUUCAAAACAAACUCCAUAUUAAAAUCUAAAAAAUAA